GUGAGCGCCGCCUCUGUUCAGACAGAGAUCUGAGUGGAGUUGCGUUGUGUGGGCAAGGGCAGCGGGCACAUCACAGAGCCGUGCAGAAGAGGAAGCGAACAGGCGGCUGCAGUGUACCCCCACCCGCAUUUCCUGGGCAUGGAGGCACACGGAUAUGAUGGUGAGCGGGACACUUACCAAAUCGACUACCGGAGGAUCGUGGGGGACACAGAGCCAACCUGGUCCCGGCAUUCACCCAGGGAGGGCAAACACCCCCUGCACAUGCUGCCCAUCCAUGCCAACCCUCACGGGCACAGGCACGAGACGGCGGCCCAGCGCUACAGCGCCACCCGCAUCCAGGCCGGCUACGAGCCAGAGAGCAUGGCGGAUUACUUGAUCAGCGGAGGCACUGGCUACGUCCCAGAGGAUGGGCUCACUGCCCAGCAGCUCUUCUCCAUCGGAGACGGCCUCACGUACAAUGAUUUCCUGAUUCUACCAGGUUUCAUCGACUUCACGUCUGACGAAGUGGACUUGACCUCUGCUCUGACCAGGAAAAUCUCCUUGAAGACCCCACUGAUCUCCUCACCCAUGGACACUGUGACAGAGUCGUCUAUGGCCGUUGCCAUGGCGCUCAUGGGAGGCAUCGGCAUCAUCCACCACAACUGCACACCCGAGUUCCAAGCCAACGAGGUGCGGAAGGUCAAGAAAUUCGAGCAGGGCUUCAUCACAGAUCCCGUGGUCAUGAGCCCGCGUCACACCGUCGGUGACGUCUUUGAGGCCAAAGUGCGGCACGGCUUCUCCGGGAUCCCUGUCACCGAGACGGGCAAGAUGGGCAGCAAGCUAGUGGGCAUCGUAACCUCGCGCGACAUCGACUUCCUGUCCGAGAAGGACUAUGGCCGUGCCUUGGAGGAGACCAUGACCAAGAGGGAAGAUCUGGUCGUUGCACCUGCAGGGGUUACGCUGAAGGAGGCCAAUGACAUUCUGCAGCGCAGUAAGAAAGGGAAGCUGCCCAUUGUGAAUGACAGUGAUGAGCUGGUGGCCAUCAUCGCUCGCACGGACCUGAAAAAGAAUCGGGAUUACCCGCUGGCUUCCAAGGACUCGCGCAAGCAGCUGCUGUGUGGUGCUGCCAUUGGGACCCGGGAGGACGACAAGUACCGACUGGACCUGCUCAUGCAGGCCGGUGUGGAUGUGGUGGUUCUGGUGGGUUCGGGCCCUUCUGAUUCCUCGCAAGGGAACUCCGUUUAUCAGAUCAACAUGAUCAACUACAUUAAGCAGAAAUCGCCCGAGCUGCAGGUCAUCGGGGGCAACGUGGUGACAGCAGCACAGGCCAAGAACCUGAUCGAUGCCGGUGUGGACGCCCUUAGGGUGGGGAUGGGCUGCGGUUCCAUCUGCAUCACGCAGGAAGUGAUGGCAUGUGGUCGGCCGCAGGGGACCUCGGUCUACAAGGUGGCGGAGUAUGCGCGGCGCUUCGGGGUGCCUGUCAUCGCUGACGGCGGCAUCCAGACCGUGGGCCAUGUGGUCAAGGCGCUCGCCCUGGGGGCGUCGACGGUGAUGAUGGGCUCCCUGCUGGCCGCCACCACGGAGGCCCCUGGCGAAUAUUUCUUCUCGGACGGCGUUCGCCUGAAGAAGUAUCGCGGCAUGGGCUCACUGGAUGCCAUGGAGAAGAACAGCAGCAGCCAGAAGCGCUACUUCAGCGAGGGAGACAAGGUAAAGGUGGCCCAGGGGGUGUCCGGCUCCGUUCAGGACAAGGGAUCCAUCCACAAGUUUGUCCCCUACCUGAUCGCUGGGAUCCAACAUGGCUGCCAGGACAUCGGGGCCAAGAGCCUGUCCAUCCUGCGGUCAAUGAUGUACUCUGGGGAGCUGAAGUUUGAAAAGAGGACCAUGUCUGCGCAGGUGGAGGGGGGCGUGCACGGCCUGCACUCGUAUACCUAUGUUCCAUUUACGAGAAACGGCUGUACUGAAAGCGGAGAGAAUGCACUGACAAGGGCCGCCGCUGGGGCCACGAGCACAACCGUGCCCAGACAGAACGGACACCUCUGAAUAGCUUUUCACUACAGACUCGCACAAUCUGCGACCUGCGGAUAAUCAGGGCUGGGGCGCCUCUCCCACCCCUCCGGUGUCACCCCCGAGACACACGUUAAGGCUUACCCAAAGGAAACACCACCAUAAUCAGCCACCAAAACAACGACGCCGCACCCUGCGUCCUGGCAACCCCCUGUGUUAGUGGCUUUAAAUGCUACAUGGUGUGUGGCUGCAUUUCCCAUGAUGCCGUGCGACAGCCGGACAUUGCCUCGUGGCUGGUGGGCUCUCGACUGCCCCGGCCCGGAUACAGAUGUCCUCUCCCUGGCUUUGUGUGUGAUGUCACUCUCUACCUGGUGAUAUCGUCCUGGGCCUCGGUGCCAUUCUCUGCACUUCCUUGCAAAUACGGGUGAUGAGACUGAGAAUGUUUGCUCACGUUUCCCCCCCACCCCCCCCCCCCAUACCUAGCCCCCUUCUGCCCAUUUGCUGGAGCUUUUUCAUUAACCAAUCUGCGAACUCCUCCACUAUAAAGGGUCACCCCCCCCCCCUUUUCCUUGAGGAUUUAAUUUGAAGGACUCUUUGACAUUGUACUUUAUGGCACAAAAAGGAAACAAAAUCAAACAUAUGCACACAUCACAGAAUUGUCCAAGUCUACAUAACGUGUUUCAUCCUCCAGGUGUGUAUGUGGGGGUUUGGGGGGAGCCGUGACACCUGGGUGCUCCUGGGGGGUCAGGAGUGACAGGGCACUAACCGAAUGCUCCUACCAUGGUGUUUCAAAUGAUUAUAUUAUAAAAUUUGUUCAUCCUUUCUUUGCGUAACUCUUCUUCUGGUAGUUCCCUCUAGUGUUGUUUGCACUAGCUUUGGUUUAUUUUCAUCCCCCUUUUAUUAUGUGUGUCAUGUUUGUGGUUGUGGCACUGCUAGACUCCAUCAUCACACUGGGGUUGCUGCGGAGCUCUGUGUUCCAUCCAUCCAUCCACUGUCCAACCCGCUUAUCCUACUGGGUCGCGGGGGGUCCGGAGCCUAUCCCGGAACCAAUGGGCACGGAGCUCUGUGUUUUGUAGCUUAAACAGAACGUGACGUUUCCAGCUUUCAUUUUUCGGUGGUUUUAGCUGACCGUGUUGGCACUUUGCUGGCGCCUGCUGUAGACUUAGCGGCCAAUAGCAGGGGGAGCAGUGUCCCGUAGGGGGCUCUGCUCUCGACCGGCUCUGUUUUUGUUGCCCCGACCAGAACAGGACACGCGUCAGCAAUGAUACAAUCUUUUCAUUUAGUUACAGUGUCAGAUCACAUUUAAGGGCUCCGGCUGCAGUCUGAUCCCGCUGCGCGUGUCAGUGUGGGACUCAGCAGCCUCAACCUUCCCAAGACCGACCGUCUUGCUGUCUCACAAGCUUCUUUUUCCGUUUCCGCUGCAUAGGUCUGUUUGUCGUCCAGCUUCAUGGGUCGGCUUUUAUGCUUUUUUUACACUGUAUAUCAUGUCUCCACUUAUGUCCUGUCUUUCUUUAGACUGAAUCUUAUAUAUUGUAAAAAAAAAAAUAAAGUCCCCUUUUUAAAACUA